AUGAAUGAAUGCAUCCUGGGCAACAUUGAAGAACUGUCUGCUCAAAUAAAAUCCCACAGCGCACCCCGGAGCAUCUCUGCUGCAGGGCAGCUGAUAGUGGAAACACAUUCUAAUGCUAGGUAUGAACUGAUGUACCUGGAGCUGUGUCCUUUGACUGAACAUAAGGACACUGAUAAGGUGACAUUAAACUGCUCUGUGUCGACUGACAGAGGGUGUGAACACAGAGUGAAGUGGCUGUAUCAGGGUGAAGAUCUGGAUAAAGAUGAUGAAUACAGGGACACAUCAGAGCCUAAGUGCUCAGUUACUGUGACAUUCCCUACAUCUGAUCUUAACCUGAAGUCAGAGAUUCAUGAGUGUGAAGUGACUGAUCUUUUUGUUCAACCAGUGCUGCAGUAUACUUUCAGCCUUCAGUCCUCAGGUGAGAAACCAGAGGAUGCAACAACAGCAACAACACCAACAACAACAACACCAACAACAGCAACAACAACAUUAAGGAUAAUUAAGAUCAUCAACCAAACAAGCACCAACUCAAUAGGUUGGUGGUUGUACAUCAUUGUGGCUGUAGGUUUUAUUGCACUCGUAGUAAUCAUUGUGACGGCCAUCAGAUGUAAGAGAACUAAAGGCAACAAAACAAAGAUGGAUGAAAACACUGGGCAGAGAUUAAAACCUUUGGUGACUGAGUCUGCUCCAGAAACCACUCAGGACACGGCUGAUCCUGAAGAUGGUGUUUCCUACGCCUCCAUCAGCUUCACCAAGAAGACCAACAGUAAAGGCCGGGUACAGGUUAAAAAUGAUGAUGAUGGUGAAGAUACAGUGACGUACAGCACUGUGAAAGCUUCCUCGUCUUCUGCUGGAGCCUCUGAUGAUCACAGCAACCUCUACGCCACCAUCAAUAAAAAAUAAGAUACCACAGUACCUGGGAACCAUUUUGCCAGGUUUGGCAAUAUUGAAUGUUGGAAUCUUCACCAGUCAGAUAAACAGAUCUCUAAAAUUUUACAAAUCACAAAAAUCCUCAAUGAUCAGAAAUCUAGAAAAAAAAACUUCCAGGAACAAGAAUGUAAACAAACAAUGGAGUCCGAAUCAGUGUAUGCUAUACUGGUUGUCUUGUGUUUCAAAAAGGCCUGAAUGAGGAAGAAAAAAUAAUUGUAGCCUUUAAUCUGUUUCACAGUUCCACCUUGCCACACGGAUAUCCUUCCUCUUUCACUUCACCGUGUUUACAGUUGAAGAGCGCUUUUUGCUCCUAUUGGUCCACAUCUCUGUACACAUGGUGAAAUAACUUUCUGGCGGGAUGUCGCCCCAGAUGCGGCAUUGGUCCUAUUAUCGGGCUGAUAUCGUGUAGCCCAGCAAAGAUUGUGGUUUGGGUAAAAAUAACUGCUCCGUUAAAGGUGAACUAAAACUCCCAAACCACUUUAAAUUAAUAUGGAUAUUUAAUAUUUUUCUGAUGAUUCCAGGGUGUAUUGUUGUAAACAGCUUUUUGUCCAAAAGGGGCAGUGAGUGAUAGGUCAAGUAGUAUGUAAAUAGUAAAAGUAAUAUCAUGUAUAUGUUCUGUUUGCUUUGCCUAUUCAAAACAUAAAAUAUGAAUAUACUGCUAUCAGGUUAUGUUUUGAAUGCUACUGUAUCUAUAUAUUUUUUGUUUGUUUUGAUGUUCAGUGAAUCUGUUGUAGUUUUUUGGAACAUUUAUAUCUGUUUUCAGUUUUUUUGUAUGUCCUGUUAAGUUAAUAAAAUAAAUAACAUCA